AUAUAUAUAUAUGUAUUUCUUAUAUUUGGUAUCGAUUAAACAAGAACAAGGAAUUUUUCAGUGUUUUAUUUUCCAUCGAUUCAAGCGGAAGAGUGUGUUUCCCUUCUAUUUUCUUAAGCGUCUUCUUUGGCACAUUUCUCACCUACAGGAAGAGUCAUGAACAAAACUCUCCCACAAUCACCAGUGAGUCCUCAACCGCCGAGUAGAGCAUCGUCAGAAAGCGAGACGCAAAGUGUCACUGAUGAGCAAAAUUCAAUGUCUUCCUUUGCGACUAGACUCGCUAAAGCUGCUAAGAAGAAAGAUAUGAUGAAGGAACCUGAACCGAAGGAGCGUCCUCCCUGGAGAGCCACUGCGAAACUUAUUAAGGAACCUAACACAAACGCUUUGCUGAAAGCAAAACUUCUAGAUGCAUCUCGUAGAGCUCUAAGGGCUAUGAAAGCAAAUUCUGUGUCUUGUCAGACGGAUUUUCAACCCACUAUUGUGAUGAAGGAAGUAGGAUUCAAUGUACAGACAGAUCUUGUUGGUCAAAGGGAUGUUGGAAUACUCACUGAUGGUACAGUUACAAUUAGGAAUAUCCCUCCAGGAACACUUUUUUUUACGCAUACUAUCUCACAAAUGACUGAGUUAAUGGACACAACCGACGCCGAGACCCAGACAGCCCAGCCAACUAGCCGUAUUGGUUCGCUUUUGAAGUACAUUCCAACAGAUGCUUAUGAAGAUCUAGAGAAAGCGAUUGAAGCUAACGCAGAAAAAAUCAAAACCCAAACAGAGGAGCUACAAGAUUGUAAUGAUGAGCUAGAUUUUAUAAACAGAAGUUAUCUUCGUCGCAGACCAAGUCUCUCACUUGAUCCUGAAGCUGCAGAGAAAUUUCAUUUGCAGCUAGAAAGUGAUGAUAAGGAAGAUAGAGAGGAAGCAGUACACCCGGGAGUAAAAUUUCAAAAUAAUUGUUCCACUUAUUCCCUCUGGAAGGGGUUGAGGAUAUCAGAUGAAGAAUGUGAUGCUGAACCAGAAUAUCAACAUAGACACAGGAUAAAAUCAAUCGAACGCGAAAAUAAUCUUUUUAUUAAAAAACGUAUACCUUUUAAAGACAAAGAACCUAAAUUGCACUCCUUUGGCUCCGAUGAUUGGCGAAAAGUCUACAAUGAGUCCCAGAAUAACAUAAAUUUAGAUGUCAACACCGAAAGGAGUCAAAGACUUGGAUAUACUACAGGAUAUGGGAAUGGACUUCAGGGUUAUCCUCAUUCCGCGAGCGGAGUUGGAGUUUAUACACCAAUGAAGAUCGACUUAGGUGGUGUCUUUCUAGGAGCUUUGGUUGGCAUCGGUGCCAUUCUUAUCUUACCCAAGCUUGUGAAUGCCUUUUCUGGAAAUUACGGUAACUACCGCAGUGUAGACGGUGGAUCAAAUGGUUUGAAUGAAAUGCUGGUCAAGCUGGAUACCUACCUCAAUCAAAAUAAUAUCGACACAGCCUCUUGUAUGCAACGAGCCGUCUGUUCUUAUGUAAAGUCGUCGGAGAAGAAUAUGCAAACAGGUACUAGUGAUCAAAUGGAUCAUAUAAUACAUGAUAUCUCCCGCAACUCUAUUGUUGAGUACAUGCUGGAUGGAACACCAAUUAAGGAAGCGCUUGAAAAUGGUCGUAACGAUAAAGUAAACAAAUGCGAAAUAAUUUAUCCUGGAUGUCGUUUGGAUCAAGAAACACUUUUGCAGAUGGUGAAACGUUUCUUGCCCAAAAAUUGAGUGUCAGUUCUGUUGAGAGCAAUUCUGGUAAUGUUUGUAGUAUGGUGAUUUUGAUUUUAUUUUGCUAUUACAAAAAUUGGUAUUAUAUUGUCUUUUUUGUAACAUACAUUUAACCUUGGAAAUAUAUGUAUGAAAAACA